AUGAUACCACCAUUUAUGUUUUUUACGUGGACAUUUAUUGCGGCUACACCGGAUUUUCGAUGUCGUCUUCCGUAUGAAACGGACGAUUACAAUGCAGAAAUGAACGAAUUAUUCACUCGAACAUACAAACCAACAGAAGAAGAUUGUACUACAUAUCAACAAGGAAUUUCAUUAAAAGAAUGUCAACAAUGCUAUGCACGAGUGUUCAUGCGUAAUACUAGUCUUAUCAGCAAUCUUCAAACUUGUAACAAUUAUGUAUUUGAUCAAUCCAUCUAUAAGAAAACAUUGGUUGAAGAAGUGAGUCAUUCGAUAUUCUGUAAUGCUAAAUAA